GUGUUUAUAUCUAUAUUUGUGCUUAUAUCUAUAUUUUUGUUUACAUCUACAUUUAUGUCUACAUCUACCUACAUCUCUGUCUAUCUCUGCAUACACAUCCAAGAUAUCUGCAUCCAUUCUAUAUCUAUGGUUAUAUCAAUACUACAUCCUAGUAAAGUACAACAAACCAACAGACAAUCGCAGAUACACAUCAGCCAUCAGAUAUCAGACGAGAGGAUACUAUGCAUUCAAAGUAAAACACACAAUACAAACAAGAUCGAUCUUUCUUCAAUCCUUCUUCAAUCACCUUGUCGCCUUCCUUCCCCUUUCACUUCCCUUCAACUCCCCUUCCCUUCAACACCCAAAUAGCUACCAGAUAGUAUCCUUUUCACACUGUGAACUUCAUCUGCACACUCAUACUCGUGAUGGACAUUUCUCAGCAGAAAGAAUAAUCAGAUUCACCUUCUCAGUUGUGAGCUGAGCUUCUCCGCUUUUCUGUGGUAGCAAGUAGUCGCUUCCCCAACGUACUCUCCUCAAGCAACAGCCAACAGUAACCGCCUCCAUCCAACAAACCUCAAUAUUUUGCCACAAAACUGCCAACAAUAUGGAGGUUCAUAAAGAAAACUGGCAGCGGCUUUUGCUCCCAAUCUUAAAAGAUAUUGCAAAUGCUACUUUUGUUUCGUUCGAUUUGGAAAUGAGUGGUAUUACUACUCGCCCAAAGCAUACUUCACAAGAAAGAACUCAUGAUAUUGGAAAACCCAGUCUUCAACAACAAUACGAAGAAGUAAAAGAGGCUGCCGAAACGUUCCAGGUUCUUCAACUAGGUAUCACUUGUGUUGAGGAAGACCGUGAAAAGGAAUAUUAUCUUGCUAAACCUUACAAUAUCAAUCUCAGUCCACUAUUGCUCUACGAUAGAGUCUUUGAUCUCGAUCGCAAGUUCUCCUUCUCCAGCUCUGCCACCAAUUUCCUUCAAUCAAAUGGCUUCGACAUUGGUGCAGUUUUCACCAUGGGCGUUCCGUAUUUAUCGGAGCAGGAAGAAGUCGAGGCGCGUGAACGUUAUGAUCAGAGAAUCGAGAGAAAUGCUGCGAUUCCUAGUAUCGUUUUUGACCCCAGUGAUGUUGGGACAUUGGAGUUUUAUCGGAGGGCGAGGUCGAGUAUUACUGAAUGGAUUGAGGCAAAGGAACCUAAAAUGACCUUUGUCAAUGUCGAUAAUCCUAAGGGCCCUUUGAAUGGUUUCCAACGAAGAUUAGUCCAUCAACUUGUCCGCAGCGAAUUUCCACAGUGCAGAUGUUUUGCCCGUUCGGAUGGAUCUUUCAUGCAAGUUGAAAUGAUUGAUCAUGACAGAGAAGCAAGGUUUAAAAUCGAGCAAUUGAAGAAAUUCAACCAGCGAAUCGCCACUCAAUCUGGAGCAAGAUUCAUCUUCGAAGCACUUUGUGGCGGCGACUUGAUAGGUAUCGAUCCAAUGUGGUCAUAUAAGCAUGAUGAGAACGCCCAACCUGACAGUGUCGAUUCUUCACAUGCUACUCUUGAGGCAGAGCUUACAAAAGUUAUUAAGAAACUCAAAGAAAAACAACAUGUCAUUGUCGGUCAUAACCUUUUUACUGAUCUUUGUUUUCUCUAUAAGACAUUCAUUGGUGAUCUUCCGGCUGGAGUGGGAGAUUUCCAAUCUCAGAUUCAUUCCCUAUUUCCUUUCGUUAUCGACACCAAGUAUCUUGCUACGUAUAAUAGCGAUGCUAUGAAACCUCGCGUUAACCUUAAAGAGCUUUUGAUUCCGUUUCAAAGAAUCCAUAUGCCACUCAUACUUCUUCACGAAAAACACAAUAACUAUAUCGCAACAAAUGGAAAUGCUCACGAAGCAGGUUUUGAUAGUUGGAUGACAGCCGAACUCCUUGUCAAACUUUCUGCUCAGCUCUAUGCCGAACAAUCAGACUCUCAGCCCCCAUCUCAAGAUAAUUACAAAUAUGAUUAUAGCGAUGACUGUAUUCCUUCUUCUUCGGAUUCUGACUCUGAAGACGAAGGAUCCGGAGGCGCUUCUCUCUUCUCUCCUACCUCCAAUUCUGCUUUCCCAACAUCAAAUGGAAAUGCAGAUAGACAUCGUCCAGGCAAUUGGCACGCAAUGCAACUAAACAAUCCAUUUGCGGCGCUGGAACUCGAACAGACGGGUAAAAAUGGUGGAAAAAAUAAAAAAGACAAAAAGAAAGUACAAUUUGGUGACGCAGGAAAGGCGGAGGGGGGAGUUGAACAGUGGAUUCCGAAUGCCGAACAUGGAUUCUGGGAGAAUUAUAAGAAUAAAUUGAGGGUUAACGCUGUCGAGGGAGAAGUCUGUGAUUUGAGUGGCGGUGGGAGAAUUGGUAAUGGGGUCAAUGGGCAAAGAGGAGAGAGGAUCAGAAAGCAAGGGAAAGGGAGGGGUGGUUGAGCUUGAGCUAGCUCAAUUUGAGGGGCUCGUGGGGAGUGUCUGCACUGAGGGGAUAAGCUUGUAGGGGGAUGGGGAGAUCUCUCGACAUUAUCUCGAUAUUAAGUCACGAGAAAACGCGCUGACAAAUCAACGAAUGCAUGAUUGAAUGAAACGAGAAAGCAAGCAAGCAAGCGAUAUAUCCUGGGUAUAUGCAGAAUUGGCGUGGAUCUUACAUACUUUACUCUAGAGUCUAGAUACGCAUGCAUGAAUCAAUGAAUCAAUGAACCAAA